AUGACGGACACGCGUCAGUUCGGUGAUCUUGCCACUCAGCUCAUCGCGGAAUCUCGUAGAUCGACCCUAACAGACACUCUUCUCAAAUAUAACGACAAUCUUGUUCGAUCCAUCAUCCGGGAACAACGCGAUCUCGAAAAAAUGACCGAAACCAGUCAGAACGUCACUCCAGCGAUGCUCAUCUAUCAAACAACCAUUGUACGAAACAAGAGAUGUCUCCUAGCAUAUCACAAGCACCGUAUGGAUAGAUUGCGCGAUAUGUAUUGGACCACUGGAGGCGCUUUACCGCAUAUUUUGAGCAAUCAGGAUAUUCGCGGCAAACUCUCUCCUCAUGAAGUCGACUUCCUUCGCCAGUACAGCACGUCUGUGAUGGAUUAUCGUGCUGGUUUUUCCAACGAGCUCGAUAUCACAGCCAGUAUCACCCAUCCGCCCAAAGACUUGCAUGUGCUGGUUCACGUUAUCAGGGAUUGUGGGAUCAUACAGACAGAGCUUGGGACCAUCGAUUUUCAGAAGGGGCAGAGAUUCAUGGUUAGAAGGGCUGAUAUCGAACACCUUAUUGUGCAAGGUUAUCUUGAGGAGGUUUGA